AUGACAAUUCCUACUGAAAAUGAUCGCGAUAUUGGGAAACAAUUUCCAUUACCAGCCGAUAUAGCAUUGACAGAUUGGUCUUCCCUCAGCCUUGCAGACCCACCGAAAGUCAACGGGCAUGUCGAGUGUAGCUACGAUGCAUCGACCGGAAAAUGGAGCACUCCGGAGCUGAUUGCCAGCCCCUAUAUUCAGGUUCAUGGGCUAGCCCCUGGUCUCAACUAUGGCCAGCAGGUAUACGAAGGGCUUAAAGCAUUUCGCACGGCGGAGAAUACCCUACACAUUUUCCGUCCCGAAGCCCAUGCAGCUCGGAUGCGCCACUCGGCAAACAUGGUUUGUCUGCCUGAAGUAUCUAACGAGCUAUUUCUGGAAUGCGUGCGACUAGCUGUCGCGAGCAAUGCGGAAUUCGUUCCUCCAGCCGAUAGCGCCGGUUUUUUAUAUCUGCGACCGGUACUUUUUGGGUCCGGUGCGCAAAUUGCGCUGGCACCGUCCAACAAGACUAUAUUGGCCAUUUAUGUCAUUCCCGGAGGCGCAUACCACGGCACAGAUGCCCUUGAUGCACUCAUCAUGGAAGACUUCGACCGUUCAGCACCGCGUGGUACGGGAAGUGGCAAGUUAGGAGGCAAUUACGCGCCGGCUUGGCCGCACCAGGCACGCGCUCGUCAACGUGGAUUUGGUCUCACCCUUCAUCUAGAUAGUGAAACGCGAUCCCAAAUCGAAGAGUUCAGCACAAGUGGCUUCGUUGGCGUGGAAGGGGCAUCUAAAACAAUUUGCGUGCCAGACACACAUAAUGCUAUCCACAGCAUCACUAGCGAGUCUCUCACCAGUGUCGCAAAGCAAGAGGGGUGGGCGAUUCAGCACUGCGCGAUCCCUUUCAACACCCUUGGCCGAUUUUCUGAAGUCUUUGCGGUUGGCACAGCGGCUACUGCUGUUCCGAUACGAUCGAUUUUGCGAGAUUCCACCGGCGAACGAUUCGAGUUUGGAAAUGCAGUGCAGGGGAAAGAGAUAAUACAAAAGCUGUCGGGAAUACAGAGAGGGACCCAGCCAGAUGAGUUUAAUUGGCGUUGGAAUGUCUACCCCCUUUGA